AUGACAUACAAUUCAUCAUUUAUAUUAAAAACAACUUGUCUUGAAUCUGGUACUCGUGGUCCAGAUGCACCUUUUUAUCGUUGGUUAGCUCUUGGUUAUGUUUUUCUCUUUAUUCUUGCAUUAACUGCUAAUCUACGUGUACUCUUUAAAUUAUUUCAUUAUUCAAGACGUCGUUUUCGUGAUCAUAUACUUUUAUUAAAUUUAUGUGCUGCUGAUUUAUUUUUUACACUUGUUUAUAUUCCAAGUGAAAUCUAUGCAUAUACUGUUGGACGUUGGCAUAAUGAUCAAAUAUGUAAAAUAAUAGCUGCAUUAAAAGGUCUAGGAAUUUAUGUAUCAUCAUGUACAAUUAUUGGUAUAUCACUUGAUCGUUAUCUAUCAAUUGUACAUCCUUUAACUGUAUAUCAAUCAAAUACAAGAAAUAAAUUAUUUGUUGUUGGUUCAUGGUUUAUUUCAGCUUUAGCUUGUAUACCACAAUUAAUUAUAUUUAAACGAUUAACAAAUGAAGUCUUAUGUCGUGAAAUGUGUGGCGAUAUAUUAUCAACUGAUCCAGGAAAACGUAUAGCUUAUAAUAUUAGUGUUGCUAUAUUUGCUUAUAUAGCACCAUUAUUAACAAUUUUUUAUUCGUAUUUUCGUAUAUUAUAUGUAUUACAUAAACGAUCAGAUCGACGAACAUUUCGAUUUGUUAAAUGUACGAGUAGUAAAAAUCGAUAUGAUACAAAUCAAAUAAAUAGUUCAUUAAGAUCAAGUAGAAAAAAUUUAAGUGGUGAAAUAUCUACUCAUUGUGGACAAUCAUUAGUACAAGAAGAAAUUAAUUCACAUAAUAUGAAAACAAUAACACGAGCUAAAUUCAAAACAUUAAAAUUGACUGUUCUUAUUGUUAUUUGUUUUAUUCUCUGUUGGACACCAUAUUAUUGUAUUGUCUUUUUUAUACUUAUAACUGAUGCUAGAAUUAAUUAUGAAAAUGCUAAAACUACUUUAAUAGAUACAUCAAUUAUUGAUCAAUCAACACAUAAUGAACGUUCGCUUUUAAUUGUUAUGAUGCUCGCUGUAUCGAAUUCUGUUUUAGAUCCAUUAAUAUAUGGUUGUUUUAUGGUAAAACCAAUUAAAUCAAGUUGUUGUAAUCGAUUAAGAACUCGAACUGAAAGAACAACAUUUAGACGUAAUGGAAAUCCUUUAACAGCUGAUAAAGAAUCAAAAUUAACCAUGAGCAAAACGAAUAUAAAACUUGACAACCAUCAACAACAUGAUGCUGCUGCCGCUGCUGCUGCUGUUGAAUGUCAACUUUAA